AAUGUGCAGUCUAAUGAAGUUGGUGGGAGCGGUCGUAUGGAGCUGGCAGGCCUAAAGAGGAGCUUCAGCUUUCUGGAAUCCCAGGGCCUGGUUGUUGAUCUUUUAGUCACGGACCGUCACGUCCAAGGCAAAGCUUUCAUGAAGAAGGAAAAGCCAAAUGUCCGCCACGAGUUUGACGUCUGGCACGUUGCAAAAGGUAUCAAGAAGCAGCUGCUCGCGGCCAUUAAGAUCCCCGUCUGUGCUGAGCUUGCGCUCUGGAGCAGGCCAAUACAAAACCACCUUUACUGGGUGGCAGCUUCCAGCGAAGGGAGUUCGGAUCUGAUUGUCCCCAAGUGGCUUUCCGCGCUGAACCAUGUGCGAGACGUUCACUCUCACCGUGAUCCCCGGUUUGCCUCAUGUGCCCACGGCGAGCUUGAGCCCAGGGAUUGGCUCUCUGAUGACUCGGCAGCUUUCGAAAAACUGGGAAACAUUGUGACGAAGAAGUGCCUGCUUGCUGACCUUCCAAAGCUCUCAACACGCUUCCAGACCUACACUGUGGAGGCGUUCCACAGCCUGAUCAUCCACUUCUGUCCGAAGUCCUGUCACUACUCGUACAAGGGGAUCAAAGCGAGAACCAAGCUUGCGAUUCUCCAUUACAACGAGAACGGCAACAGGCCUUAUGCAUUCACGGAGGAGGGCGAGGAGCGCUUCAGGGUCAAGUACCCGAAGGCCAAUGGAGGAGAAGGAGUGGCAGUGCAAGAAAGAAAGGAGCCAACUCAUGACUACGUGAAGAGGCUUCUGGACGUGCUGCGAGAAGGGGCCCAGAGGAAGACUCGUGGCGUCAGUCUCAUCACACCCUCAGUGGUUCCGCCGCCGCUCUGCAGCUCUGCAAAGAAAGUUUCCGAGACAGAACUGAUUCAAAGGCACAAGACAAGGUUCAAGAAAUAA